AUGGCCAGGAAAAUGUUCAUUGGUGGCUUGAACUGGGAGACUACGGAUCAGUCCCUGAAAGAUUACUUCUCUCAGUUUGGAGAGGUACAAGAAUGCACUGUGAUGCGAGAUAGUGCUACGGGUCGCUCCAGAGGAUUUGGAUUUUUGACAUUCAGAGACCCGAAAACUGUCAAUACCGUCAUGGUUAAGGAACACUAUCUGGAUGGCAAGAUUAUUGAUCCCAAGCGUGCAAUCCCGCGUGACGAACAGGAAAAGACCAGUAAAAUAUUUGUUGGUGGCGUGAGCCAAGAGGCAAAUGAACAUGACUUCAGAGAUUUCUUCACCCAAUUUGGGCGUGUGAUUGAUGCCACCCUGAUGAUUGACAAGGAUACUGGUCGUCCCCGUGGCUUCGGAUUCGUGACCUUUGACAGUGAAGCGGCCGUCGAAGCGGCUCUCUCCCGUCCUCUGGAAAUCCUCGGGAAGCCGAUUGAGGUAAAGAAAGCCCAACCAAGAGGAAAUCUGCGCGAUGAGGAAGACCGCCGAUUCCGCCGUGGCAGGGAAGGUUUCCGUGACGGUGGCGCAAUGGGAAGCGAUGGUUCGCAACCACAAGCCGGUGCCCAAGGCCAAGGUAGCAUGGCUGGUGGACUCACCCCCCAGAUGAUGGCCCAGUAUUGGCAGAGGAUGCAGCAGUACUUUGCCCUGAUGCAACAGCAGAUGGCCGUUGCUGCGGCUCAAGGCCAAGGCAUGGGCGGGAUGGGAAUGGGCGGGAUGAACCCAGCCAUGAUGCAACAGAUGCAGCAAAUGAAACAGAUGCAGCAAAUGCAGAUGGGGAACAAUCAAGCACCACAAGAGAGUCUUAGCCCUCCGUCGCAGAGCGCAACGCCCCAAACAAUGGCACCGAACAUGAUGAAUCCCGCCAUGAUGCAGCAGAUGCAGCAGAUGCAGCAGAUGCAGAAUCAAGGUCAAGCCAGCAGUUCCGGAAGCAUGGCCGGUCAGAUGGGGGGUGGGGGCAAUGGAAUGAACAUGGCCGCAGCCAACGCAAACGGGAAUUACUCGAAUCAUCGUGGUGGACCUGGCUACAAUGCUCAGGAGCAAAUCGCCUUUGAGCAACAAAAGUACGAGCAGCAACAGGCACGCCGAGCCAUGGAAAACCGAGCUUUCUCUCCCUACCAACAAGGUGGGCCAACUUCUUGGGAAGGUAUGUAUGAUGAAGUACCUCAGCCGAACAUCCCGACCGGGCCCCAGGCCAUGACCCGCGCGGGGAGCAUGGGACGCGGUCCGACUCCGCAACCUCAAAGUGCUGCUCCAGCCAAUGCUCCAACCGGCCCGAAGAAUGCCGGCAAGCCAGGCGCUAACUAUCGCGGUGGAGGCCGUGGAGGUCACCGGGGCUUCCACCCUUACUCGCGCGGUUGA